CCGCCACCUAACCACUCAUCUUUCAACAUCCUCAGUGCCCUCCCCCACAGAAGAGUUAGAGAUGUGUGAAACCAAGUCAGCCUCCUCUUCGGAGCCCAAGACUCCCAGCCACCCUUAUUGUUUGCUAGUUUCUUUUUCUUGAGCUUAGAGGAUCCAGGAGUCCAGGCAUACAACCUCCUCUCUCAGAGACCCAGGAGUCUGGAUCGCUAGCCUCUUUAUCCACCAGAACCAGAAACCUGGCAUUCACCACCAUGGAGCCCUGUCGGUCCCUGGCCCUGUUCGCUGGCUCCCUGGCCCUGGUUUGCAUGCUGGUUGCUCUGAGCACAAAUUUCUGGAUCGUGGCCAUAGGAUCCACCUCUUCAGCUCACACGGGCCUCUGGCCAAGUGAGGGCUCAGUGGCAGCAGGCUACAUCCAUGUGACAGAGGGCUUCAGCAUCAUGGCUGCCUUGUGGGUCCUGGUGUCCAUGGUCAUCCUGCUCCUGUCCUUCUUCAUCCCCUUGCUGUCCGCACCAGGCCACGGCCCCCUUGUCUCUGCCAUCACAGCCUUUGCUGCAGUGCUUUUCAUGACAGUGGCCAUGGCUGUGUAUACCAGUGAGCGCUGGGGCCAGGUUCCAGAACCCCACAUCCAGGCCUUCUUCGGCUGGUCCUUCUACCUGGGCUGGGUCUCAGUUCUCUUCUCACUCUGUGCAGGUGCCCUGACUCUGGGUGCCCACUGUAGUGCUCGCCAGUCUGGGUAUGAAGCUGUGUGAGCAGAAAGGCAAGAACAGCAGGAUACGCUUUGGAGCACUGUUUUCCGGAAGGCAUCGUGAGGAGCCACAGGCAUACCUGACCCUCCGUCCCUCACACCCCUCUAGUCCUUCCCUACCCCUUCAUUUCUUCAUUUGACAAAAAAUUGCUAGGAUAUGUUCCUUCAUUCAUUCAACAAAAAUUUGCUGGGAUCUGGUUAUUUGGAGACUCAUUCAGCCAAGACAUAAGCCAACCAUGGACCCACUCCAUGGUGAGUGACCCUGGGCACCUAGAGGUGUUAGAGCCCACCCUGCCCACAGGAGGACCAGUAUGGACACAGGCAUGGCCCAAUAUCCUUCUCUCCUACUCUCCAGCCCUUUUCCUUCUCCCUUCCUCUCCUGUUUGCCCUUUCUUCUUCUCUUGUCUCUAGUU